AAACCAUGAUGGGAGGAUCUCAAGUCUACAUUUUUUGGGGUGCUCCAGUUCUUCCGCUGAAAAUGACAGUAUCACAGGAACCAACUUCUGUAAUACCUACUGCUGACCCCUGGAAAAAAAUUCAGCUUUUGUACAGUCAACAUUCUUUACAUCUGAAGGAUGAAAAAUACAAGCACAAAAACCCUGAAAAUUAUCAAGUCCUAGAUAAUAUUGACCCCCUAGGUCUUAAUAGUCAUUGUUCACUGAGCUCUAGGAAAAGAUCAGUUCAUUUGAAAGAUGACUUGAUAUGUUGUAUUUCUGAGACACAGAAUAUAAAAUCUCAGAAGUGUUCCCCCUCAGGGAUGAAUGGUUUAACAGACUCUAGCGUGCAAGUAUGUGGAUUUAAGAGCAGAGUUCAGCAUGUAACUGGAGAAGAAAAGAAUCAAAAGCUUGUCACUGAAAAUAAGAAAAUCACAGUUGAACAGCAUCAAGAGCAGUCAAGUAUCUGUGCUCCAAACUUAACAAAAACACCGUUACAGUUAGGUCAUAAGUGUGCAGCUAUAUUAGAUUUGGUCUGUAGUACCAAACAGAUUAAUAUAGGGCCAGAAGCUGUAGAAACAACUUAUGUGCCAAGAGUACAUCAUGAAAUGCAAAACCUGUGUGUGGAAUUCUUGUUCUCCAAAACAGUAGAUAAGCCAAGAUCUAAAAGAGGAGUUAAGAAGGUCUCAAACCUUAAAAUAUCUACUGAUACUGAAUUUCUCAGUAUAAUGACCUCCAGCCAGGUUGCUUUUUUAGCUCAGAGGAAGUGUAAAGGGCAGAAUUCUCUAAAUAAAGAGACCAUAAACAUGGAGAUUGGACCAAAGGCAAGUCAUGAGGAAGUAAGAGGAACGGAAGAUAAUUUGAUUCAGCAUAGUGAUGAUUUUGCAGAAGGAUAUAAAAGUGGACAAAAUGAAGCAUAUUCCCUUGAACUUUUUAGUCCUGUUGGUCCUGAAACAAAAAAUAACCACAUCCUCAUAAACUCUGAUACCAAUCUUGAAGAAAAUAUAGGAUCUCAAGAACUUUUCAGUCCUGAAGAAACACUGCCGCCAAAUGAGAUCUGUAUUGAGUCAUUUAGCUCAGGAAUACUGUGCUCCCAACUCAAUACCUUUCAUAAAAUUUCUAUUGAAAGAAGUUUGAUAUCUGAAGAUAAAUUAGGACAUUCUAAAGCUCCAUCUAAAGGCUUUCAAGUAUCUAAGAAAACUAAAUUGCUUUCUAAUGCAAGAGAUCUUGCUGUAACACUGGACCGGAGGAAUGUGUCUGAAUUUAAGUACAUUAAAAAGACAUCAUUAAUAAAAAACUGUAAUUGUAAAAGUCAGAAAUAUAAUUGCUUAGUCAUGGUGUUAUCUCCAUGUCAUGUGAAGGAAGUAAACAUAAAAUCAGGGCCACCUUCUGGCUCUGCGGUACCUGUAGCGGCAACCACAGUCAUCGACCAGUCAGAAAUUAAGAAGAAGGUUUUUAUGUGGCGAACUGCAGCAUUUUGGGCACUUACAGUGUUUCCUGGAGAUAUAAUUUUGCUCACAGAUGUUACUGUUCAUGAGGAUCAGUGGGUUGGUGAGACAGUACUACAAUCAACGUUUACCAGUCAGUUACUAAAUCUUGGGAGUUAUUCAUCUGUUGAGCCUGAAGAAUAUUCCAGUAUAGUUAGUGCUGUUGUACUUCAAGACUUACUGGCUUAUGUGUCUUCAAAACAUUCCUGUCUCAGAGAUCUUCCUCAGAGGCAGCCUCAGAAAAUGAACAGUAUAGAGUUUGUAGAACUGAAGCACCUUCAGCCUGAAAUAUUAGUCCACGCAGUACUAAGAGUUGUUGAUAUCACUAUACUGACAGAAGCAUUAUACAGUUAUAGAGGACAGAAGCAAAAGAAAGUUGUGUUAACUGUGGAGCAGACUCAAGGUCAACAUUAUGUGCUUGUUUUAUGGGGUGCUGGAGCAGCCUGGUACCCUCAACUUCAAAGGAAAAAAGAUUAUAUCUGGAAAUUUAAAUAUCUUUUUGUUCAGCGCAAUUGCAUAUUAGAAAACCUAGAGUUGCAUACAACACCAUGGUCAUCCUGUGAGUGCCUGUUUGAUGAUGAUAUACGAGCAAUUAAAUUUAAAGCAAAAUUUCAAACAAGUGCACCAUCCUUGGUGAAGAUGUCAGAUUUGGCAGCACACCUAGAGGAUAAGUGUUCAGGAGUGGUUCUAAUCAAAGCCCAGAUUUUAGAGCUGGUGUUUCCUAUUACAGCAGUCCAGAAGAAGCAGAUAACCCUAAAUGUUCAUAGUUCUCUGAAGAGUAUUUUCUCUUCUCUUCCCAACAUUAUAUAUACUGGCUGUGCAAAAUGUGGAUUGGAACUGGAAACUGAUGAAAACAAGAUCUACAAACAGUGUUUCAGCUGCUUGCCAUUUGCUGUGAAGAAAAUGUACUAUAGUUAAGACUCCUUACAGAGUAUAUUGAGUAAAACCUGCAAAAGGCGGAAACCUGUCAGAGAAGGAAAACUCAGAUAUUUCCCACUAAUGGAGAAUGAUAGAAAGCUGGUUAGACUGCAUUCUGUCAAAGGCAGAAAACUUGCCAGACCUGGAAAAACAAGGAAGUCCCAUCGAGUUCCAGCUGUCACAGCUUUCACUCUUUAUUUUUAGAUGACAUAUUUUAUCAUUCCGAAUGUUCUUGUUCAGUAUCAUGAUUUAUGGGACAGAAAUGUUGCCCAGUGAAUACCCCUUCUGGAGAGGAGAGCCUUUGUAUCUUCAAUGUAAGGAAUGAGUGUUCAAGAGAAGGACUUCAGAGAUCAAUAUCACCUCAUUAUGGUGUAACCUAGUAUGAGGAAUAUAAGGUAUAGUCCUAAGCUAUACCACAUUAAAGAUGUAGUGCUAGUUUGUUGUCUUGCUAGCAUGUUGAAUUGAUAUGCUAAGAGCUGGUUUUGUUUGGUUGCUUUAAGUUUAAUGUCCAGAUUAUUUGGCUUCCUUAAAAAGAAAAUUUUAAGACUUAAAUAACAGAGUCCUUUCAAGUUAUCGAGUAUGUGAAUCAAAAAUCAUCUACAUAAAUUAGUCAGCAAACUGAAUAAGAGAAAGUUCUGAUUGGUUAUUUUUCCAAGACUCAAUCAAUCAAAUAUUUAUUAGGUACCCACAAAUCUUCACCUGCUAUUUAAUGCAGUGGAGGGUAUAUUGAUAUAUAAUUAAUCCAGAUGAACCAUGUAGGUAACAUAAUUCUAAAGCUAUUAUAGAACCUGAGCACCAUCUUUAACAGUGUUUUAACAGGGUAUAUAUAUUCUGUGGAAUUACAUUUUUUGAAAGUCAAGAAAGACAUUGUUUUUUCUGUACUAGGAGCAUAGAAACCAACAGGUCAAACUCCUAUAAAGGCAGCACUAAGGGAAGCUUGGAGCUCUCACAAGGUUGUAGUCAAGGUAUACUCUGGGGUUGUAGUCAUCUGGUUGGAGGGUCCAUUUCCAGGGUGGCCCAGUCACAUGGCUGACAAGUGGUGCUGUUUGUCAGCAGGAGACCUGAGUCGGCAGGUCUGUCAGUCUUUCUGAAACGAAAAUGGGAAGUCAGUAACUCCCAGUCUAGAAUCACUUGGGCCUACUCCAAGCCACUGUUACUUGCUGCUGAAACUAUUGCAGUAGUAGUCUCUUAGUUGGUCUCCUUCUACCUUUGCCUUCUCUAGUCCGUUCUCUACACAGCUAACAGAAUGGUCACUCCUGGCAUAAAAACAAUUCAAUAGUUUCCAGUUACACCUGCUGUCUCUGCAGUCUCAUCUGCUGCUUUCUCAUCUGCUGCUCACUGUGCCCCAGCUGUACUGGCCUUUGUUCUGUUCUUCAAGACUCCUUUUUUUUUUUUUUUUUCCUCCUCCUCAAGGCUUUGUCACAUGCUCUUCCACUGCCUGACUACACAAGUCUGGCUUCUUCAUGUCUUAGUUUAAAUACCACUCAUCCCUUCCCUAAUCACCUCCUUUAUUUUCUUUCAUUAUACCCUGUUUGUUUCCUCUGUGUGUACUUACUGCAAUUUGUAGUUAUUCAGUUGCUUAUUGUCUUUUCUUAAGUAAAUCUUUCUUGAGAUAGAAUUAAUAUACCAUAAAAUUCAGCCAUUUAAAAUGUACAAUUCAGUGGUUUUAGUAUAUUCAGAAUUGUGCAGCCAUCAUCACAAUCUAAUUUUAGAACAUUUUC